GGGUGGCUCGGGAAGCGAACAGGCGGCGGCCGCGGCGGGAGGAGGUGGAGCCGGUGACUGGGACGAACACUUUCUCGGUCCUGCCCACCCCCCCGUCCUCCGACCCCUGCUGACUUGUGGCUCGUGGGCCGGGGCCGGGCUUCACUUCCGCUUCCCUCCGCCACGGCUCGCCCUCUCUGUCUCUCACACACACGCUCUCAUUCUGUGUGUCCCAGCCCCGCCCAGGGGGGAGCCCCCAAGGCUUGCACGGCCCCUACCGCCGGAGACCCAGCGCUGCAGUCCCGGGUUGUUUUAACCUGGAAUAAUGUCCAAUAACGGAGAGUUGGAGGACAAACCACCGGCACCCCCUGUACGUGUGAGUAGCACUAGUUUCCCAAUGGGCAGCAAGGACACGCUGUUGACUAACCACAAUGCCAAGCCACUGCCAUCUGUACCUGAAGAGAAACAGAAGCGGACAAAACUCAAGUCUAUUUUCUCAAACACUGGAGAAAAAGCAAAUAAGAAGAGAGAAAAGGAACGGCCAGAAAUAUCUCCUCCGUCAGACUUUGAGCAUACGAUCCAUGUUGGGUUCGAUGCCGUGACAGGGGAAUUCACGGGAAUGCCCGAACAAUGGGCUCGACUAUUACAGACAUCCAACAUCACCAAACUGGAACAGAAGAAAAAUCCUCAGGCUGUGCUCGAUGUGCUCAAAUUCUACGAUUCCAAAGAUACAGCGAAACAGAAAUACCUGAGCUUCACAGAGCAACCAGACAGGUUUCCUGCAGUUACGCCUGCACAUAGUACAAAGAGCACUGAGCCAUCGAGUGUACAAACAGUACUGGAGGAGGAUGAUGAUGAGGCUCCACCCCCAGCCAUCGCACCACGGCCAGAUUGCACCAAAUCUGUUUACACGCGAUCUGUGAUUGAUCCGAUUCCUCCACCUGCCAGCAGAGAAGCAGAUGGUGAUGGCACUUCAAAGGGUUUGGACAAAACAAAAAAGAAGGCAAAGAUGACAGAUGACGAGAUUAUGGAAAAACUGAGAACUAUUGUGAGUGUUGGAGAUCCAAAGAAAAAAUACACCAGAUUUGAGAAAAUCGGGCAGGGUGCUUCAGGGACAGUAUUCACAGCCAUUGAUGUAGCAACUGGACAGGAGGUGGCAAUCAAACAGAUCAAUCUGCAGAAACAGCCAAAGAAAGAGCUAAUUAUCAAUGAGAUCCUGGUGAUGAAGGAGCUGAAGAACAGCAACAUUGUCAACUUCCUGGACAGUUACCUGGUGGGUGAUGAGUUGUGUGUCGUGAUGGAAUAUCUGGCUGGCGGUUCACUGACUGAUGUUGUUACAGAAACUUGUAUGGAUGAAGCACAGAUUGCUGCAGUAUGUAGGGAGUGCUUACAAGCAUUGGAGUUCCUGCACGCAAACCAGGUCAUUCAUCGAGACAUCAAGAGCGACAAUGUGCUACUGGGCAUGGAUGGAUCUGUGAAACUCACUGACUUUGGGUUCUGUGCCCAGAUCACACCAGAGCAGAGCAAGCGCAGCACCAUGGUGGGCACACCUUACUGGAUGGCACCCGAAGUGGUCACCAGGAAAGCGUAUGGCCCCAAGGUUGACAUCUGGUCACUGGGGAUCAUGGCCAUUGAGAUGGUGGAGGGCGAGCCCCCUUACCUAAACGAGAAUCCACUGAGGGCCUUGUACCUGAUUGCCACUAAUGGUACUCCAGAGCUGCAGAAUCCAGAGAAGCUCUCCUCGAUCUUCCGUGAUUUUCUCAACCGCUGCUUGGAGAUGGAUGUCGAAAAACGAGGAUCUGGGAAAGAGUUGCUGCAGCAUCCGUUCCUGAAGCUGGCCAAGCCCUUAUCUAGUUUGACACCGCUGAUUCUGGCAGCCAAAGAUGCAAUGAAGAGUAAUCGCUAGGAUCUCCUUUUCUUUAGCCCUCAGCUCUUUUCUUCCCCUCCUUCCUUCCUCCCUCCUUCCCCUGCCUCCCCACAAAUUGGAAUCAUGUAUCCCAGUCUGCAUUGAUAUGGCAGAGCAACUGCGGAAUCCCAUGUCGGGGAAUUCCUUGUCCUUGCCGUCGGCCCACCAUGCAAGCAGGGUCGAUGCUGCUUUCAUAUAUUUUUCAAGAAACCGUGAUACAUCAUCUCUCUCUCUCUCUCUCUACACACUUCAGUACUUGAAUAGCAGAUCAGAAGACAAACUAGCUGCCUCUAAUGUGGAAUCUGGACUCUCCCUAGGAUGCGAUUUGCUCUGCCCGUUGCUUGUCUCUUCUUAUGGACAUUAUGUACUGUACUGGGUGAGCGGGGCUGUGGGAUGUUUUGCUUGAUGCCUUUUUUUUUGUAUAUUAUGUAACUGUGGCAGAUUGCAUUGUUAGAAUUCAGGAGAGAAGUUGAUAUAGUUGUCCUUUUUUAAGAAAAAAAGAACUUUUUAUUGUUUGUACUAACAGUCUGGAGUUCUGACUGGCAGUGGCAGGCUCUGGGAUAAUGAGACUGCAGCCUCCUCCUCAUUUGUGAUCAGUGUGAUUUUUUUUUUUGUUGUUAGCCUUUGAGAGAAUCGCCUCUGACUGGUGUGCACCUUGAAAGCAGCAGUAAGAGCUUACUGAUUAUUCUGGUUUGUUUCUUUGACUGUAAUCACCCAAGAGUGUUGCUGGAUUCAGGCCUGCAUUAAGACACACUCGACCCAAUUCAUCGGAACGUUGUGAUUUGUUUUGCAUUGGGAACUUCUCUGUGGGUUCCUUGUUUGUGUUGUAGUCACAACAGUGCAUUCCCAGUCUUAUUUGAAAUGCACUGUUAACUGCUUCACUGACUCCCAAGUUCAAGUAAGGCUUCUGCAAAUAAAAUGAAUGGAAUGUUUGGUGUGUGAACUGGCUUGUACACACUAAGCAGAGUUUCCCAGCAGUAUAAUGAAAGAAUGGUAUUUUCAUUGGGCCUGCAGAUGCUAAUCAGAAUGGCACAAUCCUAUGGCCUUCAGUACCUGAGAAACCUAUUUAUUUUCAAAGUUUAUUAGCAUGAAUGUUAGAAAGUGCCGUCUACUUCGAAUCAAUGCUUCAUGUCUUUUGUAGAAUGCAUCCUCUGUGGAUGAAUCAGCAACAUCACCAUACCUAAUCUGUGUAGCAUCUGAUUUCUAUACCCCGCACCAGCUAUACCCAAGCAUGGUCUACAGUUGCACUUCUGUGCAUAUAGCUGAACCACUCUGCAUUCCAUUCAACCUACACAUGUAGUUGUGCAUUGCAAACCUAUCACUGUACUGCACCUUGUUACCUUAAACUGCACUGCAUUAGGCACACUGCAGUCACCACAUUAUAUAGUGCUUGGGCGUAAUGGCACAAGAGUGAAAUGUACUGGGGUAAGUGUGCGUGGUACUAGAUAGUGAGCCACACCAUUAUGGUGUCCACACAGUUAUGGUGUGAGACUUUUGAACUUGGCCACAAUGAGGUAUUAUUUUGGUUGGGGGAGAGCCUGUGAAGUUACUCUCUCACGUGAGCUUGUGUAGCUGCUGCCUUUUCUGUGUGCAUUGCCACAACCACAACUGUUCAAUACAUUGUGACAACUGCCAAAUUGAAAGAACCCAACUCACUAAUGGUUCUCAAAACAGCAUGACUGAUAGUGAAUUCUGUGGCUUGUUACUACAGUAUUAAAAGAAGAAAGUCUGACAAAAGGCUAAACAUUUCUGAAAGUGCCUAACAGUAGAGUCUGAUACAAUUGGAGAUUUGAGGUUUUGGACUCUUUUUUUCUAAUUAAUACUAAAAAUAAAAUUUGUAGAAAAACAUGCAA